UUGAUUUGUCGGCUCGCGCCAACUUGCUCUGGUCCUAACCGCGCCACUCGGCUUCGCGAUGCUGUAGAGAUGGAACGACAUUAUGCUGUAUGCCACACACAUAUUUGUGCAGCUGAUAGAUGCCAUACCGUAUUUCCCGACGAGAGGUUCCUUGAAUUACACCAGGUGGAAUGUCAUGACACUUUGGCGGCAAUUAGAAAGGAGAGGGGAGAGAAAAUUGUA